UUGACUGCUCAGUAACAGCUGCCUGGUUGCUAGACGACUCAGUCUGCAACACCGAUGUGAAACAGUUACUCUCCUCGGAAAGACGACAGCAUAAACUCCUUUUAGGAAGCACUUGUUAACAAGCCGUAUCGCCGCAUAAAUAGCGUAUUUUUUGGGACGACAUUCCCUGUUUUCUGGACUUAAAAUGACUUGUAGCAUAGCUAGCGUCUCUUUUGUUGCCCCGUGUUCUCACUACUAGCAUGAGGGGCAAGCUGGGGGAGCCCUCUGACUUGAGAAAAUGAGAGAAUUACAAAAGGAAAAAAGCGUGCUUUUCAGCUUGACAUAACGUUUGGUUGCCUAAAAUGUUUAGUGCCACUGCUAAGAUGUCUCUGGAGGCGAGUGAUUUCCAAACGGAUGAGGAGUGUGAGGAGGUGGCCGAGGAUGGUUUUUCUCUUCCUUUGGAUAUUUCAGGAAAGAGAACAAGGAGAAAAAAAUCUGCUGGAAAGCCUCCCCUCUCCCCAAGGUCUCCAUACCUCACCAGUCUGAAUAUGAACUCCAAGAGAGCAGCACUAGGAGCCUGGAGACUGCCAAGGGCCUCCUUGGGGGACACCAGAGGGGAUCCUUGUGGAGAGAUUGGCUCAGCUCGGCUCACGUCCCUCAGCAACGGCCACGAUGUGUCUCAGACGCUGAGAUCAGAGAGUGAUGUCAGCCCACAGCGUCUCAAACAGACCUUGAGGAAAUACAACCAUCUCCGCUUUGCGUCCAACGGGUUUUCUGUGGGUGCAGGUGACUACAGAGAGAAGGAGGACAUGUAUGAUGAGAUCAUUCACCUAAAGAAGAGUCUGCAGGCACAGAAGUCCGACAACCAGCAAAUCAAAGCCAAACUGCGACGCCUGGAGGAGGACAACGCCAAAAGAGAGAAACAGAUCGAAGAACUGCUGGACCCCACAAAAGGAUCUGAGUACACUCGCAGUUUGGUGGAUAGAAAAAAAGAGGGUAGUGUGGUCAUCAAUGGACUGAAGCAAAGAAUCCUGAAACUGGAGCAGCAAUGUAGAGAGAAAGAAAAUGCUUUAAGUAAACUGCAAAGUGAGCUGAGGACCACCAACCUGGAGGAGCUGAAGAUCACAGUAGAAACCUACUUUGAGGAGAUCCAGAGACUGAGGUUGCUUCUGGAGGCUGCAGAGAAAAGUAGUCGAGCGGAGAGUAAAUGCUCCCAGAGGCAGCAGAAAGCUUUAAGCUCCACAGUUCACCGACUGUCUGAGAACCUGAAACAGCUUCAACAGGAGAACGCAGCGCUCAGAGAAGAGCUCAGCACGGACAGUCCCGCUGCAGGACUUAAAGGUCUUGGUUACAGAGAGUGGAGCAAACAGAGGUUGUUAAGAAGGCUGUUAGAGCUGGAGAAGAGGCUGGAGGACAGCAGAAGACACACCCAGUCGGCAAAGAGCGUCGGCAGAUUGGAUCAGGAGGUCCAGGCCACACUCCCGGGAGUUCUGGAGAUUACCAUGGCAACAAAGGCAGUGGUCUCUGUGGGAACAAUCACAGAGGAAAGGGAGGCGGUUUCAGACCUCGCCGAACGCCUCAGCCAAUUGGAGGAGGAGAGAGUCAAGCUUCAGGAGACGCUGUCAAAUAAAAAUGAUGAGCUGUUGAAGCUGAGGACAGAGAGAGAAGGACUGGUGAAAGAAACGGAACGAUGGAAAGCUGAAAAGAAAAAACAAUUUGACAAAGAAAGACAGCAGUACCGACAGGAGUUACAGGAAGUGUGGGCGAGGAUUCAAACUCUGGAGGAGGACAGAAGCAAAACUACUCAGGCUCAGGCCCCCACUCGUCCUCCUCUCACCGGGCCAGAGAGCCAAGAGGACACUCGGAGCCGAGCGGGCCAGGAUGCAGGCGAGGAGAGGGACAUUGGAAGUAAAAAGAAGGGGGCGGACGGAGACAAGGAACUGGGAAUAGAUGCAGAGAUGAAAGUUAGAGAAAAGGCAGCUUUGAUCAUUCAGACAAACUGGAGGCAGCACAGACAGAUGGACAUUGUGAUGUUGCAGUCUGUGUUAAGAGGCCAUGUCUUCAGACACUCAAAGCUCAUGGACCUGCCCAAAGACACGCAGAGCAGCAAGGCUGUAAAAUUCUUCAGCUGCAGCAGUGUACCCGGCUCUGACGACGGAGAGCUCGAUGCAGUUGCCGUGACAAUGAUACAGUCUGCAUUCAGAGGACAUCUGGCUCGUUCUAGUCCUGCAAUAAAGAGCUCAGGGGUUGCUGUGCCUUCUGCAGUGGAAAUCCGUCCAAGAGGAGCUGGCUCUACUCCAGAUACCCGUGGAAAAUGUGCUGCAUCACUCAGUAAUGAUACUGAAGAGGAGCCUGGACAAGACCUUCAGCUUGACUCUUACUCUCGUGACUCCAGGAUGACAAAGACAGAAGCUGAAACCCAGCCCCACUCUGAGCCUGCAGUCGAUUCAGAUGAUUCCGAUGACAUCAUCGUGUCGCCGUCACGUCCACUGAGAAGCAGAGAAGUCUUGAUGUUAUAGACGGCUUCUUGAGUGAAGAAUUUCUUCCGAAAGUCUGUAUGUCACAAACAUUCUCCAACAAAUCAUGACUGAUAUUAGAAUAUGAUUUGGCAUACAGUAUUUCCUGUAGAAGAGCCUCUCCCACUCUCAUAAUCACGAUAUCCUUGCAAUGGGAUUCUUUUACAGCUUGGAAAUACAGUAAAUGGCAGAUAUGCACUUAUUUUGGACAAGAUUUUACUCCAAACAUUUAGUAUUACAUGCCAAUUUGUCUGAAGGUUCUCCUUUUGUAGAGGAGGAGAGAGCUCUUCUUUAAACAGCUCCAUUUAUAUUAUUCUGUCAGUCAUGCGUCAAAUCUCUUUAAUUAGUGUCAACUUUUCUCAUGAUUGUUUUCUGUGCCGAAGUGCCUACUCGCACGGUGAUAUAAAUGCGUCGUAAGUUUUACCACCCUGACGGUUCAAAGGGAGCCACUUCACUGUAAAUUCCUCUGAUUUAUAUUUCAAUAUGCCUGAGUUAAAGCCCAUAAAUAUCAGAUCAAUAAUGAAUCAUAUGCUGAAAAGAUAAUGGCUGAUUUCUCUGUAUGACUUGGGGCUGAUUCUCAGCUGAUGCACUAUCGAGUUGAACUGUGAAUAAAUUAUAGAUCACUCUGCUGCAAUACUGAAACGUCCGUGGAGGACACAGAGGGAGGAUCCCUAAUGCCAAUAUAUCAUGUGCUUAUAAGUAGUCAAAUAAUUUUUAAGGGGCUCGGCAAAAAGAGGGAAUGAAUGCAGUUUUAUCAGCAUGUGUGUAACUUAAUUUCUGAGGCGUUCAAUAAAAUGCCGUAUUUUUAAACAAAUUUUAUUGUGACAGUUUUUCUUAACUAGAAAGCUAUCUUCAUGACUUUGUUUUCUGUGCUUUGUGAUUGACUUUA